AUGGACGACCUCCAGACCCUCGUGGCCCGGUGGGCUUCUCCUAAGGUCCUGGUCGGCCUCGUCGCCAGUGUCCUGCUGGUCAUCUUCUUUUAUCAGGGGCGAGACCCCUCUCUUUACAGUCGCUUACCGACCAUGAACGACAAGGGAUUCUUGGAGUUUUCCAACUCGCGCGUGAAGCGGAACUUUGUGAUCAACGGUCGUCGCCUGCUGCGGGAGGGCUUGAAGAAAUUCCCUGGCCGGCCGUUCAGGAUCUUGACGGACUCGGGGCCCUUUAUCAUCCUGCCGCCUGAGUACGCGAACGAGGUCCGCAACAUCUCGAGCCUGAAUCAUGCCCAGGCCAUUGCUAAGUUUGUGAACGCCCGGUAUCCCGGGAUGGAAGCAUUUUACGAGUUUGCGUUUGGCGGAGACAUUGUGCAGGAUGUCAUUAAAUCCAAGUUGACACAGGCGCUGGGGCGGGUGACAGAGUCGCUCUCAGACGAAACCUCGCUGAUGUUGCAGGAAUCCUUCGGCGACGAGAAAGGAAAGUCCCGAUCCUGCACACACCCGACGCUCUUACACGCGGUGGCACGGGUGUCGUCGCGGCUGUUUCUGGGUGACCGGCUCUGCCGCGACCCGGAAUGGCUGCGCAUCACGACCACGUACACGCACCACGUCGGGCGGGCGAUCAACGAACUCAACACCUGGCCGUGGCUGAUGCGGCCGGUGGUGGGCCAGUGGCUGCCCCGCAUGCGCGAGCUGAGGCGGCAGGUGCGCGAGGCCCAUCGUGUCAUGGGCCGGGUGCUGGAGGAGCGGAAGGCCCUGAAAGCAGCAGGCCAGGCGCCCGAAUACGUCGACGCGAUCGAAUGGUUCGACCUGACCGCCCACGGCCGACGGUACGACCCCGUGCACGUGCAGCUGACCUUGUCGUUCGUCGCGAUCCACACCACGGCCGACAUGAUCACCCAGGUCAUGUUCGACCUGGCCCAGCACCCAGAGUUCAUUCAGCCGCUGCGGGACGAGGUGGUGGCCGUGCUGGGGAAGGAGGGCUGGAAGAAGACGUCGCUGUACAACAUGAAGUUGCUGGACAGCGUGCUGAAGGAGUCUCAACGAUUGAGGCCGAUCAACGACACCUCCCUACAACGCCUCGUCCUCGACGACGUCAAGCUAUCGGACGGGACGCUGCUCAAACGCAACUCGGUGUGCGCCGUGGCCUCGACCCGCCACUGGGACCCGGAGUACUACGACAACCCGGAGCAGUUCGACGCAUACCGCUUUCUGAAGAUGCGGGCCGAGCCCGGCAAGGAGAACGUGGCGCAGUUCGUGUCGACGAGCCCGAAUCACCUGGGCUUCGGGCACGGCCAGCACGCCUGCCCCGGCCGGUUCUUUGCCUCCAACGAGAUCAAGAUCAUCAUGUGCCACAUUCUGCUCAAGUACGACUGGAGGUUGAUCGAGGGCCAGCAGCCCAAGUCGAUUGUUUAUGGCUUUCUGCUGGCCGCGGACCACAGCACCAAGUUGGAGAUCCGCCGUCGCCAGGAGGAAAUCGAUAUUAGUGGACCGUGA